AAGUUUUCAGAAUGACUUCCUUGGUUGACAUGCCCUUGAAUUAUGAAAAGAUGUUUGCUCAUCGAUUCACAUCAGAUGAUGAAGAGUACCAAGAAUAUCUAAAACGCCCUGCAGAUCCCCCUCCUAUAGUUGAAGAAUGGAGAAACAGAUCUGGUGGCAACCAAAGGAACAGAGAUCGGUUUCAAGAUGGUAGAUAUUUUAGAGGGGACAGAUACAACUGGCAAGGUGACUAUAGAUCUAAUCAGAGGCCAGAAAGAAGUUGGGGUAAUAACUACCAGCAGCACAGACAAGGACAAUCGUACUCCUCCCACUACGGACAAUAUGGCUACAACUCCUACAACCCAGGGCCUCGUUACCAUCCCUACUGAUGGUACUCGCGGUUUGAAAGUCCAGCAAUGCUAUGUAACAAAUGCAGUUAGACUUCAGUUUUCUUAUUUUUCCACAGUUUUAUAGAUAACUGAAGAAUCAGUAUUACAGUCCAUUGCUGUUUAUCUGUAGUGUGAAUUGAAAAAGGGAAUACCUUUUAUGAAUAAUAAAAGCAUAUUAUACAGAGUUUGUUUAGAGUCUGUAGAUCUUAGAAUAAAUUUCUAUCUUAUUCUUCUGUCUGAAUACAUACUAGUACACUUCUUUUCUUCCAUCACUGAGAUUUCUCUCUGUUACAUUUUAGAAAACACAACAGGUCAGGGGAAAACAGCUAGCUGCAGUUUGUGUGCAGCCUGUAGUAGUGGCACAUCGCCUUAAGAUAGUUCUUUUUUGAAAGUGACAUACUGCGUCUUUCUCUGGAGAGAGUUUCUUAGUUUGGCUUUUGAUAGUGAGAAAAGCUCAGUUUGGUUUGACUUUCAGAUGCCUUAAAACUGAGAGGAGAGAUGCUAUUACAGAAAUAUUCUAUGG